CCAGUUCGUGUCUCGCGCGCGUGCGUGGUCCCGUUUUUGCAGGAAAAAAGGAGACAGAGACACACAGAGGGAGAGACACACACACAGACUGGGAGACAGACACACACAGACUGGGAGACAGACACACACAGAGGGAGAGACACACACACACACAGACACACACACAGACUGGGAGACAGACACACACAGAUAGAUUGGGAGAGAGACACACAGAGAGAGGGAGAGAUAGACAGACACGCACACACAGAGAGAGAUUGGGAGACAGAGAGAGAGAGACACAGAGAGAGACAGAGAGAGAGAGAGACAGAGACACACAGAGAUUGGGAGACAGACACGCACAGAGAGAGACAGAUACACGGAGCGAGAGAUUGGGAGACAGAGAGAGACAGACACGCACAGUGAGGGAGAGAGAGAGACACGCACACAGAGAGGGGGGGAGAGAGGGGGAGAGAGAGAGAGAUUUGGAGAUGAUGUGAGUUUGCUGGAGAAAAGCAGGCCGCGGAUGAGAAUCUCACAGCGCGCGCGAGGCUUUCACACCGGAACAGGUGAUGUGUGUUUCUGUUCCUGGUUCUCUCAGACGGCCCCUGUGCUCUCCUGGUUCUGCUGUUGUUGUCCCUUGGUGUUCCUGCGUGUCCUGGAUGUGGACAUGGCUGUGAGGUCGUUAUGUCGUGAGUCAGCGGCGGUUUCACUCGGACACAGAGCAAGCGUGUGAAAGCACUUCAUCAGUUUGUUUCACUGGAAUAUAGAGACUGUCAAAAUGCAGAAGAAACGGAGAACAUCUUCAUCCUGCAUGGCUUUGUUCCUCUGCUGCAUCCUUCUCUCGCUCCUCCUGCCCAGGUGUGUGUCCUGCGCAGGUACGGACAAAACUGACAAAACGGUGGUGAACAAAGAGGAAUAUUACAGCGCUACAAUUAACGCCACAGUGCAGGACAGCAGGGGAAACACCAAGCACGUGAUAUCAAAGGAGGACGGCAGGUACGGACAGAACUCGCCCAAAUCGGAGGUGAAGGGGAUUAUAAUUGCACCUGCUGCUGUCAAUGGAGUGGUGGACAUGCAGGGCUGCUGUCCGUACACUCGUUUCAUCGUUCCUCCGAAAACGACACACUGGAUCGCUCUGCUUCAGAGAGGGAAGUGCACGUUUAAGGAGAAGAUCCUGAAGGCUGCCGCCUUUAAUGCCUCCGCUGUGCUCAUCUACAACAACAGCUCCAAAGAGGACACCGUCACCAUGGCACAUGAAGGCACUGGGGUCACGGUGGCGGUGAUGAUUACCGAGUCACUGGGGAAGGAUCUGCUGAUUUUCUUGGAGAAGAACGAGACGGUGUGGGUUUUGGUGUCGGUCGGUUCUCGAGGUCCGGUGAAGAACCUGAACCGCGGCUCGCUGGUGUUUGUCUCCAUCUCCUUCAUCGUCCUGAUGAUCAUCUCCUCCGCCUGGCUUAUCUUCUACUUCAUCCAGAAGAUCAGAGACACGAACGCACGAGAUCGAAGUCAGCGACGGCUUGGAGACGCUGCGAAGAAAGCGAUCAGUAAACUGACGACUCGCACGGUGAAGCGAGGCGAUAAGGAAACAGAGCCUGAUUUUAAUCAUUGUGCUGUGUGCAUCGAAGGAUACCAGCUGAACGACGUGGUGCGGAUCUUACCCUGCAAACAUGUUUUCCACAAGGUGUGUGUGGAUCCGUGGCUGAAUGAACACUGCACCUGUCCCAUGUGUAAACUCAACAUCCUCAAAGCUCUGGGCAUCAUGCCCAACCUGCAGUGUGUAGAUAACGUGGCGUUCGAUAUGGGGCGGAUGACACGCACUCAGUCCUCCAGCCAGCGGGUGGCGCUGAUGGACGUGACGUCUGAGACAAACAUCAAUGUGGAGCCAAUCGCACGCUCCGGGUCAUCUCAGCUGCUGUCCGAGUCGGAGCUGUCACACACACACACACACCGCAGCGGGGACAUCAACAUCGCCGUCACCAAAGAGUGGUUUAUUGUGGGCAGCUUCGCCGUCCUCAGUGUUUUAACGCUGUGCUACAUGAUCAUCAGAGCCACCGGCAACAACUACGACAACUCGGCAUUGGACAUGGCGUGAAGACUGACGUCGGAUUUCCAAAUUAAAUCAUUAGUUCAUAGCAGGAUUUUGUUAAUAAUAACGUCUUGCACUUAAUUAAUUAACGAAGUUUUGGUUCAUUUUUCUGAAGCAGUUUAUUUUUUUGCUUUAUAUCUGAUGUCUGUUUUAAGAAUCAGUUUUAUAAUGUUAAUGGUAAAGACACGUCUUCAUUCUGAGUGUCUUACUUUCGUAUCUUUGUACAGCGUUAUGAAGUGUUUUUUUUUUUUAAUUUUUCAAACAUAACAUUAAGGUUUUCUUCAUUUGAGUUACACCAAAAACAUUCCAUGUCCCAAAUCACUCUGAAAUUCAUCUCCGUCUCAGCGUUCAGUACGUCGUCGUGUGAAGAGGAUUUUUUGCGUCCUGACAUCCAGCACACAAGCCGUUCUCAAGUUGUUAAUAAGAAGUAAAAAUUAAAUAAAAGUAAAACCCACCAUCCACAUAAGAACCUGAGCACCAGUUUAAUGAAGGCACUUAAAAUUAAUGACAUCAAACAUUUAGUACUGAAAUGGAUGUAAAUAUUAUUGAGUAAUAACAUGAGACCACCAUUGUAAAGGCUUUUGUACAGAUCUGGCAACCCUGUGAAUCGCACCUGUGUCAGGAAUUCAUACAUUUAAAUUCCUCAUAUAAAACUCAACCAUACAUAUAAAUAUAAAGAGAGUGUACAGUGUUUCGUAUUAUUUAAACUCCUUAAACACAAUUAAGCCGAAUUCCGAACUCGAUCUUCACUCGCUGUGUUUACUGUCUACGGUAUAAACGAGUCCAGAAAACAAGCAGAGGUCAGAAAAGACAGAAAAUGGCCGAAAGUAAUGAAUGAAUCCAAUUUAUUAAAAGUAAAAGUGUCGUAAUUAAUAAGUCUGAUCACACGGCGUCACUGGAGUCGUUUAGAUUUACGAUGAAUUGAAUAUCCCACGUCUCAGAGUCCUGAGUGGGACGUGAACCCUCCACCUGCCGGGUCACUCCACACACACACAGCACACGGAUUCAUACUGCUCCAGAACUGCGCUUAAAGGUUUUCAGGAAUUAUUGAGUCUUUAUAAUUUAUUGUUUUUUUUUCUCCCAGAAUUUGCUUGUGAUGAAUGAAGAAGAACCUGCAGCUCCGUGUGAGGAGCUCAGCUGGAGUUCAGAGAGUUUAGAAUGAAAACAAACUCUUGCACUGUUGGAUAUUUUCAUUUUACUUUCAUUUAUUCUUUUGUACUGAUUUAUUUCCAUUAUUUUCUUUUAAACUUUUUAGUUAAAAGUAAAGCCAUGACAGCGAAUCAGGGCCAUUAUAGUAAAAAUAUAUAUGUAUAUGGAGCUGGGGGAGGGGAGCGAUAUUCCGAAUUACUGAAAUUAAAGCCGAAGAUGUACAAGAGAAAAAAAAAAACUCAGAAAUUUGGAUAUUAAAAGGUCAGAAAUUCCAAGAUGAUGAAGUCAUAAAUUUACGUUGAUAAAACUCUCGUGCUUCCUGGCUGCAGUGCAUUCUGGGAAAUGGAGUUGAAAUGUCUUAACGCUUUAUUCGUUUAUAUUGCGCGAUCGGCUCAGUCGUGGCGUCUGUGGUGUGACAACGACGAGCGAGCUGCAAAGUGACGUCAUCUGGUGCCUUGAUUAUAAAUAAAUAAAUGAUUUUUUUUCCUAUAAAUUUGCUACAUUAAUCUCCAGAAAUUUAGUUUUUAAACAGAAUAUUCCCCCUCCCUCAGGUCUGUAUUUUUUUUAACUUACAAUAACCCAAACGCAUCAUCAUAUAAAACUGUUAAAUCAAACAAAUAAAUAUUAUAAAUUAUACAUUAAACAUGAUAAAAUCAUAAAGGAGUGUCAGCGAAGAGCUUUUUAGAUCCUGAUCAUGAAGUUCCUGACUUAAGCUCUGAUUUCCGUGGCUUUGAGUUGAAGUUCUUCUGCUAAGAUCAGGGUUGGGUUUUUGUUUGUUUGUUUGUUUGUUUGUUUUUGAUUUUGUUUCUUGACUUAAAACUUUAAUCCCUCUGUUGAAGGUUUGAUUCUGUCACAUCUUCCUUUAGUUUCAUUUUAUUAUCUUAAAACAUAUUUUGGUUGUUAUUGUGGCAUGUGUUUUAAUGCUGUGGAUAAAAAAUAUAAAGCACACACACACACACAUCAUCUCUAUUCAUGGAGUUUUGAGUAAAUCUGAUUUGCACUAUUGGAAUAAAAAAUGAUUUCGAGCCUGA